AGGUGUUCUUGUUGCUGGGGACAGAGUUCAGUAACAGUUUUUGAAUAACAAAGACAUCUUGGAAUGCUAGUCUGAAGUCCAUUUUCGAAAAAUGGCCGAAAGUCAGGAUUUAUCCAAGAAAGAUGCCUCAGAGAUUGACAUCGCAGAGGAUGAAACUGAUGGUCAGAAAUCUCCCCAAGGUCAUAGGAAGAAAGUGAAAAAAGUCUCUCAAGUGAAGUCAAAGAAACCAGGAGAGAAGAGAUUUGAUUGGCCAAAAAAGAGUUACUUUGAAAUCUUGUGUCAAGAAGGACAUGAAAUGAAAAGUCUUGUUCACAGAGUUAUAUUGAUUGGAAAACUGAAGGAAAAUGCAGACAGAAAUGACGUUGGAAAUUAUCAUGAACAAUUGCUGAAGAACCUUCAGAAUUCCAAUCAAACAGAACCAAUUACAGGAUUGCUCCUGGUCUACAUCAAACACUUAGUCCAUGUUAUGGAGUGCUCAGCAGAUGCAAUCAUGACAAUGGUCAGAGAGUUGAAGGAAAUCAAAAGCUCAGAGAAAGGAUUUUUGGAAAACGCUAAAAUUUUACUGAUAUCUCAUGAUAUACAGAAUCGUUUGUACCAACAGUGGAGUUUCAGGCAAUUGGACAUUGUUGCAGCUCGCAUUGAGAGCCACGAUUCUAAUGAAUCGUCUGACAAAAUUGUGAUUGACCUGAGUACUCAACUCCUAAAGUUAGGCAAUGCUCUUGCGAAGACACCAAAGUUGAAUCUGAAGAAUGUGAUGGACUCUUUGCAUGAAAAACUUCCCGACCUACUGCCACAGCAAGCUGUAUUGCAUUACUUGAUGGAAGACGAUGACCCUUGUAUGAUUUCAUUGGAGGAAUACAUUAACCUAGAAGAACACCCAUUUGACGUUGUUCUAGAAAGUGAGUUGGUCUGGCCUCUCCCGACACGACUGUUCCCGUACAAUUAAGAUUACCAUGGAGUUGUUUGUACUGUUUUUUCUGCAGCAGCAAUAUUAAACAUUUGUAUCGCAUGGUGACACCAGAACUAUACCGAUUGUAUAAGCUGCAUUGUAACUAUGGAUGUACAGUGUUCAUAUCUAUUAAUAUAUAUAAUGAAUAAAUAUUACUAUAUGGGUAAA